AUGUUUCCGAAACCUCUCAACAUCAGGACAUCGAUUGACACAAAUGGAUUCCCAGCUUACAUGCGUCGGCUUGAUGGUAGGUUUAUUGAGAAAAAUGGAAUCAGAUUAGACAAUGGUCAUGUUGUACCAUACAACAGAGAGCUCAUGCUUCGAUACUGCGCGCAUAUGAAUGUCGAGUGGUGCGUCCAAACACGGGCUGUUAAGUAUCUGUUCAAGUAUAUCCAUAAGGGACCUGAUUAUGCUUCAGCUGCAAUGGAUAGAGAAGAUGAAGAUGGCAUCAUUGACGAAAUCAAAACAUAUUACGACUGCAUAUAUAUUACUGCAUACGAGUCGUCGUGGCGGAUUCUUGCUUUUCCUACCCAUUAUCGUACUACUUCUGUUGAGAAACUUGGAUUUCAUCUUCCGGAUCAGGAAAUGGUGUAUUACGAUGAAGAUGAACCUAUAGAGAGUGUUCUCAACAAAAAGACGGUCAACCAAUCCAUGUUUCUUGCCUGGUUCAAAGCAAACAGAAAAUACCCAGAGGAGACUACUUGGGAGUAUCUUACCGAAGAUGUCCUUUACAAGAAGCGGAGAGAAACGGGACAACUUGAUAUGAACUUGACCAUAGAGCAGAUCAAAAAUAUUGCUCUUACUGAGAUUGAAAAUUAUUUGCUCAGCAAUGGUCGUAGCCUCAAAAAAUGGAAGCACAUGCCAAACCCAGAAGAUUUUGGCUGUUACAACGGCAAUCGCCUUAUAGAUGAUGAGCUUAAAUAUGUUGUGGAAGAUCAGCUUAAGGAAAAUGAAAGAUUCAUGGCGAUGAUAACAGAUGAGCAAAGAGGAGUAUACAACCAGAUUUUGGAUGCAGUUUUAAAUGAUAGAGGUGGAGUGUUCUUUCUUUAUGGUUAUGGAGGCACAGGAAAAACCUUCGUAUACAGAGCACUCUCAUCAGCCAUCCAAUCUAGAGGUCUAAUUGUCCUAAAUACUGCAUCCAGUGGAAUCGUUGCAUUAUUGUUGGAAGGAGGUAGAACUGCACAUUCCAGAUUUGGUAUUCCGAUAGACGCAGAUGAAUUCGGUACUUGCAAGAAAAUGGAGCCAGGAUCAGAUCGUGCAGAACUGGUUAAAGCGGCAAAGCUAAUUGUAUGGGAUGAGGCGCCUAUGAUGAGCAGGCACUGUUUCGAGACUUUGGAUCGCAGUAUGCAUGAUAUUAUUAGAUCUUCUGAAGACAAGCCUUUUGGGGGUAAAGUUGUUGUUUUCGGUGGUGAUUUCAGACAGAUUUUACCGGUUAUACCUGGAGGAGGUAGAGCAGAGACUGUUUUGGCGGCUCUGAAUUCGUCAUAUCUUUGGGAGCACUGCAAAGUUUUGAAGCUAACAAAAAACAUGAGAUUGCUUGCUGGUCUUACUGAUGAUGCAGAAAAAGGGCUUGAGUCUUUCUAA